AUGAGCUACUGGGGUAUCACAAAGCCAUUGAAUGCAAGUUGGAACUGGAGAAGCUUAAUUAAGUUGAGAACUCUGAAAGAUUUGUAUCCUGAGAUGUCCAUUUCGGAUGCUGAUGUCCCUAAGCAAGCUAAAGUUAAUGAAGUCUGGCAUUCAGGUAGAUGGAGACUCCCUGAUCCUAUGAAUGAACAAACUGAGGAGGCAUGGAAUUUGAUCAAAGGUCAGUACAAAAUUGAAAAUGAUAAAAAUGAUAGUAUUGUGUGGAAGCAUGGCAAAAGUGGUAAAUUCUCUAUAAACUCAGCUUAUGAUCAUUUUAGAAGUCAUUAUCCUAAUGUGAUGUGGUGGAAAGUCAUUUGGAAUGCUGGUCCUGUUCCAAAACAUGCCUUUAUUUCGUGGCUUGCUAUUAAACAUAGACUUAAAACUAGAGACAAACUGUUUAAAUGGGGUGUGAUUAAUGAUGAUAAAUGUGUGUUUUGUAAUGGGGAGACUGAAACGGUAGAGCAUCUGUUCUUUAAUUGUGCUAUCUCAAAGAGCAUUAUGAGGAAAGUACUACAGUGUUGCCUGAUUAACAGAGAAGUAUUCAGAUGGAGAAGAAAAUGGUCUUGGAUGGCUAAUAAGGCUGUUGGUAAGAGCUUACUGGCAAGAGUGCGCAUGAUUGCUUUUAAUUGCUGUAUAUACCAUAUCUGGAGAGGAAGAAACAGUUGCAUUUUUGAAAAUAGAAGAGUUGAAGAAGCAGAAAUCAUUGCUACAAUUAGAAGAGAUAUACUUCUGAAGUUGUAUUACAGGAGAAAUAGUUCUUUGAUCUUUGUACGGUUAUACCAAAAAUGGCAGAGUAUAGCUUAG